UCACAGUCUGUUGUCGUUGCUCUCCCGUCCAGCAGAGGGCGACAGCGCCGUUUUCUUUUUGUUCACGUGCGUCGCUCGGAAGUCUUCGGUCACGUCCGUGUUUACAACCGAAGCGUGACGUUCACGGACCCGCAAAAAAUACACGUCUUUCAAGCUCGACUGCGAGCCGCUAGUUUGUCCGAACGCCUUAAAAAAAAACAAAAGAAAUGCAGUCGCUGAGAGUUUUCCUCAACGAGAGGCUGUCCCUCGUGGCAGAAGAGAUAUUUGAAGCCGUCGAAAAGACGAUAGCCGGGUACACGGAGGAGAUUUUACGCACGAAAGAUUUAGAAAUAAGUCGUCUCAGGAUGCAGCUGAGGCUUCUAAAGUCGAAGUCUGUGUCGGACAAAUGUCCUGAAAACCAGCAGCUGCAGCACACUGCUCAUCGCCAUGAUUCUCCCCCUCCUCCUCCUCCUCAUGACCAGCAGCACCAUCAAUCAUUCCCUGCAGAGGCUGCUGCUCCUGAGCCCCAUCACUGUGGGGAGGAGGAGGACAGCAGCCUGGAUCAGGAGCUUCCAGAAACCUCACAGGUCAAGAAUGAGGAGGAGGAGGAGGAGGACACGACCARCAAACACUUCUGGAUAAAUCACGAAGAAGAGGAAGAAGAGGAACAUAUGGAAGAUCUGGAAUCAGACCUCACUUCUUCUCCCACCGGCACGAAAGCCAGCCUGCACGAGCAGACCUUACAUUUCCAGCAUUUCCUGAACAACAACGGCAACAACAACAGCAGCAGCGGCGAGGAGAGCAGAGACAAACCCUACAUCUGCUCUGUGUGCGAGAAGCGCUUCAGUAACUGUUCCCACCUGGCCGCUCACAUCAGGACUCACACGGGGGAGAGGCCGUACAUGUGCGAGACGUGCAAGAAGACGUUCAUCACGACAAGCGCCCUGAACAGACACAAGACCAUCCACACCGAGGGGAAACGCUUUGUGUGCAACUGCUGUGGAAAAUCCUUCAAAUGGAUGGAGUCUCUGGGCAGACACAUGAGGAGUGUGCACAAAAAGGACGGCGUGCCUGAAUGAGUCCCUGCAGGGAGGAGAGAGCUCAGAUCCACACUAAUAUACCCCGCUGCUAUUUAGUGGCAGUAUGUUGCACAUCGAGAGGAAAUUAGCAAAUAAAAACAACAGAUCUAUGAGAAAACCCAGCCCUCUUCGAAGCUCUGUAACUCAGACAUGUUACAGUAAAAAACAUCGUUCAACGUUUAAAUGGGUCACAAAAGAUACUACACGACUAAACCAUCAUUUUUAUAGCUUUUACCUUUUUUAUGCAGUCCCAGUUUAAGUUUUAUGAKUUUUGAGGAUUUUUUUUCCCAUGUCACACACUGCCUUUUGAAAUGUCUACAAAUUUCAAAACGUUUUCAAGCAAACUCUUUUUAUUUUUUUGGACGCAUCAUUAGACAUCAAAACGCAAACAUUUUUGUCUUCUUUUACGUGGUGUGUUUCUCACUGCUGAAGGACUUGUGCUUUUUUCUCAAACCCUCUCCAGAAUGCAGUGUGCACAACCAAACUUCAGUCAUAAUUUAGCUCUAWAUUCCCUCUUCAGAGCUGGAAGUUUUAACUUUUGAACUUGUUAUAUCUCCUACAUAAAAGACUGGAAACAUAAAAUUUCCCAUGCGUGACCAUCACGGUUCAAGAAUUUAUAAGAUUCAACUUGUAGUUUCUGCACAGCCACUGUUUGAGGUAUUAACUGGGGGUUGCUGGACACAGGGGUUGUGUAUUGGAAAAAAUUUGGUAAUAUUAUAUUUGUCAUGACACUGGGAUCAUUGCCUUUUUUCUCCAAAAGAUUCUAACUAAAAAAAACUCAAUAUAAAGAGCACACAUGCAUAAAAUUUGAGUAAAUUCAGUUUAUAUUUAUGCAAUUAGAAGAACACUGAACAGUGAGAACUGCAUUUGUAUUUCACAUUUCUUCUUCCAACAUCCAUCCAUAAAGCCUUAAUUAAAAAUCGGCACAGUGAUUUUCAGUAUCGAUACAGUGUCAGGAAAUAAAAUAUUUMGAWAUUUCAGUGUAUCAGUAUUUUCUUACACUAGUGACCACAAUGAGCCACUAGCAGCAGCUUUAGUAUUUUUCUUUUUAAGUCUUGUUUUCUUCACAUUUUAWACAGUUCCUACAUCAAAUUGUAACUUUUUUUUAGAUUAUUACAAAGUUAUUUUUGAAAUUUUGGUCUGGAGCUGAUUUGGCAUUCUUCAACAUUUCUUCCAAAAUUUUUAUUCCAUAUAUUCAURUGUGGUUUGAUUAAAAAACACUUAAUUGUGUUAGAAAGAUUUUUAUUGUUGUAAUAAACUGUGUGUAGUUUGUGAAUAAAUUUGGUUGAAAUAUGUGUGGAGCUGAUUAAAUAUUCUGUACAUUAACAGCAGAAUAUAAUGUUCAAGUAGUUGUGGGUUUUUUUUCUACUAAAAGCCUGUUGGUUUUUUUUCUUUCAGUAAUAAAUCUCUGAAAUGUAAUGUCUCAUGCUUUUUCAUUUCUGCUGCAGAAGAGCAAAAAUAAAUAAAUUCCAAUAUGUUCCAGCA